AACCAAACCCGGCCGCGUCCGGCCCGUCUACUACCACUACAAACGGCCCAACGCCAAGGCCUAACCGCCAGGCCGACAAGCGCCACCACCGCGCGCUCAAGCAGCCAGACACCACCCAACCAACCACGAGGCCACCAGCCCACCAUCACCCCCACGAAAAAAGCGAACCGAGGGAGAGGAAGGAUCGGCGCGUUCCGGCCGGAGAUGAGGGGCGGAUCCAGACCGGCCCCGGUCGUCCUGUUUCUCCUCGCUGCGUCCGGGAUCUGCGCCCAGUUCACCGCAGUGCUAGCUGGUGAUCCCCAAACAUCCAACGAUGAUAAGAAGGCUGAAGCUCAGCCAAAGGGCCAUACCGGCAAAACAGUUUUGUUCGUCCUCCUAGGAGUGGGGGCUGUCAUUCUGUUGUCAUUUGUUAUUUUCAAGUAUUGGCAGAAGAAGAAAAGGCAGGAACAGCAUGCACGUCUGCUAAAGCUAUUUGAAGAGGAUGACGACAUUGAGGUUGAGCUUGGUCUUCGAGAUUGAUAAUCUUCAAUUGUACAGCAAGAGUAUCUUGGCUGACAAGGUUUUGCUGGCUUGCCUUCAAAGCAUUUUCAUGUUAAUGUAAAGAAUUUGUUGUAUUUAAACUUGAAAGGCCUCCACAAGAAAGGUCUGUUGUACUUUAGCUUUAUAUAUAUGAUGAACAUCUCUGUGUGCAGGAUGCUUGAUAAUAGCUUUAAGGAGGAAGUAUCAAGGUUUGGAGAACAUUAUUUGAUUUUUGAAGUUUUCUGAAUAUAUAUAUGUGCAUCUAGUAAAGAAACUCGUAGACUAUGAUACUUAUAUCCUGUGGUGUGAUGACCCCCACUGUAUUCCUUUUAGGGUUCGAGAGGCUAACUGGAAUUAAUUUGUCGUCUUUUUCAAGAUGUUCUAUUUUCUGGGGUUUCA